CUAUAAUAGUUUUAAGAAUAUAAGAGAUAUAUAAUGUAUUCUUAAAAUCUAGUUUUAUGAGUUAAAUGAUUAAAAUAUACAAUUCCAAUAACAUUAAUUUUAAUGGAUUUGUUAAAAUCCAACUUUUUGAAGAACAAUAAAUUGCACAUAGAAUUUAAAAUCAUCAAACUAAUAACACUAGAUUUUAUUAAAAAUGCGAGAAUCUAUAAACUAAUAUAAUCCAGUAUUUAGCUAAACUAAAAUGUCAUUUAAUUAAAUCAACCUUUUGAUUUGAAUAAAGAAUAAUAUCAUAUGCAUGAAAUUUUUCUCUUUUUCAGUCAAAAUUAACAAUCACUAAAGAUAAACAUUAAACACACACACAGAGAGAAAAACGAGUAAGACAGUAAGCCAUCAUGGAAAAUGAAAUAAACCUUGCUUCUCCCGCAAGAAAGUCAAUCAGUAAAGAAAAUACAACUGGGAUGAGAGAUGACGUUUUUUUAAAUGGAAAGUAUUCUAUUCGUCCCAGGAGAAUAAAAAAAGUUUCAACUAUACGUGAUCUGAUCAUUUUAUCACAUUGAAUGGGAUCUGGUCAAAUCCUCCAAUCUAUUUGUUUAUACAAAAAAUCACAUAUAUAGUUUUAAGACAAGUCUCAUUAUGAUAACUAUAAAGCCGACUCUCUUGUCGGAAUACUAAAUCCUCCUAACAACUCCUCCAUAACCAAAAACCUUCAACCUCUCCAAUCCUUAGACACACACAAAGAACCAGUCAAUAUGUUGAGUCCCUUUUCUUCACCGAAGAGAUCGAGGAAAGAAAGCAAAGAAAGCAAGAACCCUUAUUCAAAUCGUGGUCUUGACAAGUUCUCUGCACUUCUAUCUGAGCUCGACGAGAAGAGACAGAGCAUUUACGCAAAUAGGCUAGACUCCGAUGGGCCUCCUCUUGUUCGGUUUGUGUUCAAAAGCUCCGGAGAAUGCGUUCCUGUCAUGAUCAAGACAAAGAAAAUAACCAAGAAGAAGGUAGAGACUCAAGAUGAUCUCAAGAUCAAGACCGAGUCAAAAACAAAGGAGGCAAAGGAAAUAAAGGAGACAGAGUCAGAAACAACGGAGAAGAAACAUAGAUGUGUAUUGAACGAGAAUCUGAAGAAGAUUUCAAGACCGAACCGUUUUUUACCCGUGACAGUGAUCUUGGUUCUAGUCUUCUUGGUGUUUUUUGGACGAACUAUUUCGAUCAUGUGCACUUGUAUCGUUUGGUACUUGGUUCCAAUGAUCAAAGAACAAAGCAGAAAGAAAGGAUCAACAUACAAGACCCAAAAGAAGAAGAAGAAAAUGAACGAGAGGAUGGCUCGUGACCAAAAUGUUCUCAAGGAGAAGCUUCCGCACCUGGCUGCUGCUCCUGGUAAAACUCGGUGACGAAAACUGAUUAACCUUUGUUCUUUUAAUUGUGUUUGAAAGUUCUUUUAUUCGUUUCAUCUGACAUUAACCUUAAUUACUUUUUUGUUCCUUGUUAUGUGAUUUGUUCUGUUUAUAUUUUCUAAUUCUAGUGAUAUGUAAUUAUUCAAAGGGAGUUGUGGUCUGUAGUUCCUUAAUUCAUACAGAACUCGUAGAAUCUUUAAUCUAAGUGGGAAUAACUGGUUUACGAGGUUUGGUUGCUUGUUUCUGUGGACAACCUGUACUGUUUACUAUCGCCCACGUUUGGUAUUUUAAGGAAAUAACCUUAAUAUUUUUUUUUUGUUAAUUUGUAAGAAUUUUUUAUAUUUAAAAUAUUUUUUCAUUUAAAUCACUGUUUUUAAAUUCAAUCCGAACCCGCGGUCAAACCGAUUAAUCCGGUGAUUCGAUAAUUUGAUUUUGAUUUUUAAAAAUAUCCAUAUUUUGAAAAAUUGCUAAAACCUAAGACUAACCGAUUGAACUGAUGGAUGACUGAUAUGUAAUCCGAUUUGAUUUAGAUUAUUAUAGUUUCAUAAUUUGUCACUUUUUAAUCUAAAAUUUAAAGUUCAUUGUUUUGCAAUUUUAUGAAAUUAUGACUUUUCUUAUAAAUUUUGAUAGUGAAAAUGAUAGAUAUCAAAUAAUUAAGAACUAUAAAUAUGUCUUGAACAUAUUAAUCCUUUUUAUAUAGCUUAAUUAAUUUUAUUAUAAUUGUUUUGUUAAUUUAUCUUGUUAAUAAUUUGGUUUAUAU